CAAAAAAGGGCAAGAGGAUCAGAGGAGUUACCGUGAUCCAUUGUUGUUCUCUAUCUUAAGUUUUUAUUUCUCUCUCUAGAAUUUUCUAUCUGCUCGUCCUUCCUCACAAAUUAGGGUUUUUGCGAAUCUCUUGUUAGUCUGUAAUCGAAUCAAAGCCAUGGUUUCCGAUUCAAUCUCUGCCGUGCCGAUUCCCUCCGCCGCAAACACUAAGAACCCCGGGAAGAAGAAGAGGACUAACAGGUCUGCAAAAUUGAAGCAGUAUAAAAUCGAUGCGCGCCGCGAACAGUGGUUAUCGCAAGGUGUGGUGAAGAGUAAGGGAUGCAAGGACGGUGUGGACGAUGACGUCGUUCACGCGCCGCCGCCGUCGGUAAAUCACGGCAAGCACUCCUUGGAGCCUCUUAACACGAGGCGCGAAGGCGAAGAAGACGACGGAUUGAUUCAUCAUGACAGCGAUUCCGAGUCUCCUACCAACUGUCCUGCCGGCGUAUUGUGCGGCAAUGAUUCGGGAACAAAUUUCACCGGAAGCAGUAGUGGUGGGAGCAGCAGCAGCAGCAGCAGUUCAAGCAGCGGCGGGUGCUGUUCCGGGAACAUUACCGAGGAGGAGGGGGAGGAGGAGGAAGAAGAAGGUGAGGACGAUGAUGACGGUUGCUUGGAUGAUUGGGAGGCCAUGGCAGAUGCUUUAGCCGCCGAUGACAAGCACGAAAAUCCUUGUUCUGAUUCACCCCCUGUGGUUUUGCCUCGUGAAGGAUCCAAUUUAGAGUCUCCGAAUUCAAAACCCGAGAGUAGUAGAUUGGUUCCUUGGGGCUCUGGUAGUAGCCGAGCGUGGAGGGCCGAUGACGCCUUUCGCCCUCAGAGUUUGCCAAAUUUGUCUAAGCAGCACAGUAUGCCGAACCCUGAUCGCCGCUGCGUAGGAGGGGUCCCCUGGGCUCGUGUCUCCACACCUUCCUCGUGUCCUAUUUGCUGUGAGGAUCUGGAUUUGACGGACACGAGUUUCUUGCCUUGUUUCUGUGGGUUUCGGCUUUGCCUCUUUUGCCACAAGAGGAUUCUGGAGGAGGAUGGGCGUUGCCCCGGGUGUAGGAAGCCUUAUGAGUGUGAACCUGUUGAGACAGAGGCGAGUGUGCAUGGAGGCAGCCUCACUCUUCGGUUGGCACGUUCCUGCAGCAUGAUCGAGAGGUCUUAAGCCCGCGGUCUGUCCUUUUCUGUUUUUUUUUGUUGCAUCAUCGUCUGUAUUUUAGGGGAUAUCUAAUUUUCAUAGAUCUAGUUGGCCUAGUGUUAUGAGUUUUUGAGCACCUUGAAAUCAAGUUGUUUCUCGUUUGAUCUUAUGGUGCAUGUGGUAAUGUAGAGUACUCAUGUUGGUAUGUGAAUACAUAAGGUGGUAUAGAAAUUCAAUACAUUGAAAAUGGUGAAAUCAUGCGGGUUAUUUCCUUUA